CCAAUCAGUACAGAAAAGAAAGGCGGGCUCUGUACGUCUAGCCAAUGGAAGCGGAGUAAGUGGGCGGGGCUUGUGUGCUACAGUAUCUACGCAGAAGAACAUAAACAGUAGCGGAGUGCAGACGGAGUGAGACUGCAGCAGCCAUGGUGAAAGAUGUGAAUAAGCCGAAAGGCCGGACCUCAGCGUACGCCUUCUUCGUUCUCUCCUGUCGGGAAGAGCACAAGAAGAAGAGUCCUGGUACCACGGUGAACUUCACCAAGUUCUCCAAGACCUGCUCUGAGCGGUGGAAGACUCUGGCUGCGACUGAGAAGAAGAAGUUUGAAGACCUGGCGAAGGCCGAUAAGGACCGCUACGAUCGGGAGAUGAAGAACUACAUCCCUCCGAAAGGCAUGGGGAAGAAGGAGAGGAAGAAGAAGGACCCCAACGCUCCCAAACGCCCCCCGUCAGCGUUCUUCGUCUUCUGCUCGGAGCACAGGCCGACGGUGAAGGGCGAGUACCCCAGCCUGUCCAUCGGAGACAUCGCCAAGAAGCUGGCUGAGAUGUGGGCCAAACAGAGCCCUAAAGACCGCACGCCCUACGAGCAGAAAGCAGCCGCUCUGCGCCAGAAAUACGAGAAGGACAUCGCUGCGUACCGCGCUAAGGGCGGGGCAGGGGGCGGAGCUCCUAAACGAGGCCCUGGCCGACCCACAGGCUCCGCUAAGAAAGCUAUGGUUGAUGCAGAUGAUGAUGAUGAUGAGGAGGAUGAAGAUGAAGAUGAGGAAGAAGACGACGAGGAGGAAGAUGAGGAUGACGAGUAGAGUGUGUGUGUGUGUGUGUGUCACGGCUGCUGCAUCUAUGCAGGAUCACUUCACUGCGGUUUGGGGGUUUUAACGUGUGUGCGUGUGUCAGAGAAUAUGUGUGUGUGUGUCAGAGUGUGUGUGCGUGUGUGUGUGUGUGUGUGUGUGUGUGUGUGUUAGCGUGAGACCAGCCUAAGCAAUAAGUCACAGAGAUUGUGAUGUGUUUAUUUUUGUACGGGUUUGUGUUUCAGCCAUGUGUAGAGUACAGUUUUAUAAUAAACUCACACUCUUAUCUA